AUGUCUUGGGAGAUGUGCUUUACGAUAUGCUGUUCAACGUUUUUUCAACCGACAGGUCGCAGACGUGAUAGAAGUCGUCUUUUACCAAGGAACCCUCCUAAACGUCAGCAUCCGCCACGCCCGCCGAUUUCCCAAGAGAUGCGCAACGAACAGGCCGAAUGUCCGCUUUUCAGCCCGAACUUUCCUGCAGAGCUACGGCUCAGUAUAUACGAGGCUGUUCUUGGGGACCAACACCGACUCAUGCACGUCAUCCCCUUCGACGAUCACUACCUAGAGGCGAUCAACGUUAUGUAUACAGCCAAUAAAUUCAGCGUCAAGGGAGCACGAGGGAUAGAAGCCUUUCAUUCUGUCACUCCCCAACCUCAGUGGCACCAGAUUCGUCACCUCAACAUCUCAACAAUAUUCCUAACACCACGGCAAUAUUAUCCAGAGCAUGAGUGGUUCCCUCCAGACAAUUAUGUCCAAUGGCCCACGAGCUGCGCAAUUGUUCAGAGCCUGCAUGGGCUUCGUUCGUUGCAGGUCGAGCUCAUCGUCCGAGAUACGCAUGACCGCAAAAAUGAGACUCUUGUGGAAGAAGAAGCGCUCUUCUCUAUUCUCAAGCCGCUCACUCUUGUUUCUGCACCUCUGUUUGAAGUCGAAAUCAAUAUGGCUGUGCCUGAGACUGUACUUAAAAAGCUUGGAGAGUUGACGUUCACGCUGGUCGUCAAGUACAAGCCAUACGAACACAGUCUAUUUUCCGCAUUAUAG